GAUUCUUUUGGUCCUGGCUGACAAAAACCAAUUUGAACGACUUUAAGCAGGAAGAUUAAUUUAUUUAAACAUCGAGACAAAUAAGAAGCCAAGGGAAAUGCAGAAAAUGGCACCAAUGGCGGCAGCCAGGGUUAAAGGUCACCUAGGGAGCCACUGUCUCUUACAUUAGCCCAGUGUGACAGCGUAGGAUUCAUUCUGCAGGUGAUGUCCAACAUGCAUAUUCCUUGUAGUGUUCACAUAUGGUAGAUUCGGCUGCCAUGCAGUAACCCAAUUCUCACAGAUAACUCUGAGGAAAUUUCCGGAAAAUUCAAGCAGACAAGGAACUCUAUUAGACUGUGUGGGUUGGUAGCAAGAUGACAGAAUAUGGCCAGAGAAGUCACCCAUAGGUACCCAUACUGUCUACUAAGACAGAACUGCAGAAGGCUGGAGUCUUGUCACCUUCCUGGUAACCAAUGUUAAGUGUAAACAGAAGUUGUCAACACUAAAAAGUGAGCAAACAGUAGACCACACAAGGCGUCCCUAAGAGAAAUGAGCCAACAAUACAUUACUUCCUCAAAUGUCCUGAGUAUAUUCAAAACAAACACAUUAAAAGGGAAUUAUUCACCAUUUCUAUGUCAGGAAAGUAACAAUAAUGGUUUUUAUUGCCCAUGUUAGUGUUCUUGAGGGCUUUUAAAGUACUGUAGAACUUCAAAAUAUUUUCCAGUUUCAGAGAAUUAAUUAGCUUCCCUGUGGAGUAGCUUAGAAGUGACAUUGCUGUUUUGGAGAUGGGAAAGGUAAGGGGUUCCACAGUUAUUCAUCUUCUCAAUGGGUUUGCAGCAAGCGUGUGCUCUGUGCAUGGAUCUGGCCUGCAAGUCAUGGGGACAGGAGCUGGCUGAUGGAAGGCUGGAGGUAUGUAUGGGGGCCACAGGGAGAGAGUUAAAUUAUAGAGACCCUAAAGACCAGGGUAAGAAAUUUAGUCUUUACGAUAUGGAAUCAUUAUUAAAAUCAAAGAACACAUAAUAUUGUUAACGCAAUUAACCAACUAGUUCUACAAUUCUUUAUAAAAUUAGCCCCUAUUCUCGGAAAAGAGUUGAUUCACUUGGAAAAUUAUUCAGAUGAUUGGGUGGUUCUUUAGUUCAUGUGCUGAUACUUUCUGGAUUGAAAUUUGUGCAAUCGUGUCAAGACUGAAUGAGCCUAUAUCUCUGCAUUCAUGAAUCAUUGGGUGUUCAUUAUUAAGGGAAGGUCUGAUUAUACUGGGUCCUCCCUCUCCAUGUGAACCAAGCCACCAGCUAUGAGAAAGACCUAGAGCUCCUGGAGAGCAGUGUGUAUGGAGAUGAGGUCACCACCAGGUCCCCAGCUGCCAUGGAGUGCAAAGCUAAACACAGCACAGCCUUCCUUUGCUUCUUGAGGUUGAGCUCAGCAGCAAGCAUGCUCUUGAGGGGCCUCCUUGCCCAAAUUCCAGCAUUAAGCUGCUUUGGAAUGGCUUCCUAUCACUUGAAAUACCUCUCAAAGGUUUUGUGGGGGCAUCAUCUUCAUGCCUUGAUUUUUUUUUCCAUUUCAUAAGCAACAGGGCUUCAGGCACCCCAACCCUUUGAAUUUGAGAAACUCAGCAGCCCCCUCCCUUGAGAAGUAGGCCUUUGUAGUUUUUUAGAAACGUUUCAGUUGGGAAUGUGGUACAGAAUUGGAGGGAUUUCUUCUACAUGCAAAGGCUCCUGGAACACACUGACCAAAACAAAGCACUCCAUUUCCAAAGGAAGUCAGACAGAAAGCAGCAGCAGGUCCCAUUUUCCCGGGUAUCUCUGGAACAUUUCUGGUGUGUGCAGACAGCUUUUACAAAAAGCCCAGCUCUGAAGCAGAAGGCCUUGAAGGAGAAUUUGAAGGUCAGAGAGCCUCAUGACCCUUUCAUGCUAAGUUCCUUCUCUGGUGCACUAAUUAAGUUAUAGGUAGAGCUUCCAGGAAGCGUCCUUUCUCCUGUUUCGUUUUUAAAUUGGAUGUCAGCACAAGCAGAGGGAGCAACCAAUCAGAGUCUCAUAUUAAAUCCCAUAUUUUGCUGAGCUAGACUUGAUUCCCGGUUGCUACAAAACAAAUCUAAGUUUAUAUCAGAGGUGACAAACUCCACGCCUAGUCAUUUUUCCUUUUUAUAGCAUGGGUGACACCAACAGUCAACAAGUCAUGUUGACAACUUGGUGAACCAACCAAACCAGAAAGCCACCUAAAGGUUAUCUGAGCCACAGUCAGGAUUUUUUUUUCUUUUUAAGUUUACCUCAAUGAAUGUAUUAGCGACAUUGGUAAGUGACGAGUCCUUCCCCAUGCACCAUUUCAUUUCAAACACAGCAUCAAGAUAACCACACAGCAGAGAAAAUAAAGCUUCAGACAUGAUUGGUCAACAAUACGGAAGGCCUGGCUCUAAGCCAGAUCUGCGGGAUCCAGGUUCUGAACCCCAUUAUGUCCUGUGCCAUCUUGGAACCCUUCAACUAAACCUACUCCCGGCGUCCAUGACAAUGCUCAUCUAUAGCGAUUCAAAGUGUAGUAGUUUAUCAAAUAUUCUUAUGAAACAUUUCACUAUUUGUCUCUCAUUCUCUCCCAGCCGUCCACGGCUUUGGACAGCAGUCCAGCAAGCAUCACUACAGAUGGGUUUAGUUAUAUGUUCUCAGUUAACUCCUGAGUUGAGAGGAAUAGAAUCGUAGGCACAGUACCUCAAACAAAUUGUAUACGUUCAAUAAGAAUGCCAUGUUUCCCUCUAAAUAAAUACACCAAUUUACAUGCCUACUGUCCAUACAUAUUUAUUUCUAGGUCCUUAAAGUCUUAGUUUAAAACUGUUAAAAAUAUGAUAAUUCAAAUCCAGACUAAUCAAAUCACACUGCAAAAUAUUAGAAAUGCGAGCCACUAUAUAUACUAUAUAAGGGUAUAUAGUAUAUAGCAUAAGGGCAUGCCUGCUCUGGGGUGUCAAUGGUUUACAUUUUUGCAAUGUGUCUAGACAUAGCAUACCUCUUCACAGUACAGCAGUGAAACCCUGCUCAGAAUCUUCUAAAUGUGUCUGCAAUAAAGAAGCAUCAUUGCAAACAUGGGGAAUGUCAGCAGGCUUCCAACAAGCUUGAUACAGGCCACCAAAUAUUAAAGACAUUUCUGGUGGAUCCCCGUCAGGCACGGAUUUGCUCUGGGUGCCAGCUGCAGUAAGCCUGACUCUUGCCCUGUGUGUGAGCUCAACAGAAUGGCUUUCCCGCCUGUUGGGGAUUCAGCAGAGAAGUGAGGUGGUCGCUGGGGGCAGAGGAACCAGGAACAAAGACGGAGGAAAUGGCUGUGUGCUGUCGGCAAAGGGGCCUGUGAAAAUCGCUGAGCGUCUUGCUCCUCCAGAAACUCCUAGAGGUUGUAUCUCAACAGUCCUUUAUUCCAGGGACACUGGGGUUUACUGCUCUUGAAGGAGGUGAUCUUUGACCAGAUAAGCAUCCCUUGUCGCCAGAUGCCAGCAGUGUUGAAUGUUGCACCUGGAAGGGGUCUCACAGGUGAGUGAAAGGAUAAAAAUCAUCAACGUGUCAGCCCUACAGUUGCUGGGCGAUGAAAGCCUGCGACAGCACAGAGACGGGAAUUUAGAUUGAUUUGGCCAGGGGUGGAGGAUAGGAGGAAGGAGACUUAGAAAAACCCUGCUGUUUAUUGAAGCUAGAAAAGCAAGUUGUUCGAUCUCAAACUGGUUUCUUGUGCUAAUCAUAUGGAGUCAUGACAUAAGAAUAUUACGGAAACUAGUCAAUUCUUUCUCUGUCUUGUCUCUUCUCCUUCUGUCUCUGUCUUGGUCUCUGUCUCUCUUCAACACACAGACACACCACACAGUCUGUCUUAAGGGACUAUUUCUGUUGUGCAAUGUAAGCUAUUUCUGAGAGGGACAGGGAAUCCUGGGGGAGCAGGAGAGACUGGUUACCAAGAAUUAGGGACUACUAUUGAUUGCCUAAAUGUUGGGCACCGGGAAUUCAGGGUACACUCGUCUGGAAAUCAGAGAAUGGAACAACCCUGGGUAUGGAGUACUGUCUCCUUUCUCAUCCUCCUGCACAAUCGCCUAGCACAAUACUUGGCACCCAAUAAAAAGUCAUUUGUAGAGUUAAUUUUCAAUAUUUCCUUUUUCCCUAUCGACAGCAAUGAGCCUUGGCUAAACAGUUGCCCUGUUUAGUAAUCAGAAAACAGAAGGGGGGAAAAAGGGCCCAUUAGCAACCUUUCCUGGAACUGUGCAAGGGGAUGCAAGAGCAGAGGAGGAAGCUAAGGCUCCUACCUAAGCUCUGGCUUCUUCAGCCAAAACUGAAGCCCCUCCUCUCCCUAUUCAGGACCCUCCAACUAGAAGGCAGAAAACUGUGUCAGUGAGGUGAUAGCCAGCUCUGCUGUCACGUUCACUCCUUCUAGCUCUUCUAGUCCCCAGAAGCCUCGCCCCUCCUCCUCCAUCCCCAGCCCAGGUUUGGAGGCGAGUCCCCUCUAGUGACUGAGCCGCCUGCACGUUGGCGAGUGGCUUUCUGCCUCCCUCACAUCUUUGUCUCCUCCUCCAGCGAGCCUCCUGCUCCCCGCACAGGGUCUGCAGUGGCCGCCGCCGCAGCGAAAAGCCAAGUCGUGCCCCACAAGGCAGCCCGGGGCCGCACCCUCGCUCGCUCAGUGGCGGCGCGCAAAGACGCCAGCCGCGCCACGCACAGCCUGCGUCCUGCGCCCCGGCCACAGCGCAUCCACGCCGCCGCGGCGGUCGCUCCGGAGCGGAGCCCGGCCGGCGGGCCGGGUCGGGGUGGGCAGCCCAGUUUGCAGCCUGCUGGAGGUGGCGGCCGCUGCAGCCCUGGCAGCCCGCACACCCCUAGGCAUACGCACCAAACGCCUCCUCCCUGCGCCACGAGGAUGGAGCAGCCAUCCCAACCCAGGACUGGCGCAAGGUUUCCAAGCAAGGACAGGAAUGAUGAAGGCUGUGCGCUAACUGCAGACUUUUGAGCCGCUCAGGAAGGAAAUCCGGAGUGUGGUCAGAACAGUUGCAACCCGUGGAGUCAAUGAGGAAUGGACUCGUGAUUAUGCUGAGAUUCCAGCAUGAAUCUGGUCGACCUGUGGCUAUCCCGUUCCCUCUCCAUGUGUCUCCUCCUCCAGAGCUUUGUUCUGAUGAUACUGUGUUUUCACUCCGCCAGUAUGUGUCCCAAAGGCUGCCUUUGCUCUUCCUCUGGCGGUUUAAAUGUCACCUGUAGCAACGCAAACCUCAAGGAAAUACCCAGAGAUCUCCCUCCUGAAACAGUUUUGCUGUAUCUGGACUCCAAUCAGAUCACAUCGAUCCCCAAUGAGAUUUUUAAGGACCUCCACCAACUGAGGGUUCUCAACCUGUCCAAAAACGGCAUCGAGUUUAUCGAUGAACAUGCGUUCAAGGGAGUAGCAGAAACCUUGCAGACCCUGGACCUCUCGGACAACAGGAUUCAAAGCGUGCACAAAAAUGCCUUCAAUAAUCUGAAGGCUAGGGCCAGAAUCGCCAACAACCCUUGGCACUGUGACUGCACCCUCCAGCAAGUCCUGAGGAGCAUGGCAUCCAAUCACGAGACAGCACACAACGUAAUUUGCAAGACUUCCGUGUUGGACGAGCACGCCGGGAGACCGUUCCUCAACGCUGCCAACGACGCUGACCUUUGUAACCUCCCGAAAAAGACCACUGACUAUGCCAUGCUCGUCACCAUGUUUGGCUGGUUCACCAUGGUGAUCUCGUACGUGGUGUAUUACGUGAGGCAGAAUCAGGAGGACGCCCGGAGACACCUUGAAUACUUGAAAUCCCUGCCAAGCAGGCAAAAGAAGGCGGAUGAGCCCGAUGACAUUAGCACUGUGGUAUAACGGCCACGCUGACUGGCGCUGGGAAAGUAGCUUCUGGUUGUAGUAGAAUAAGUGGUUCACUUCUCCCUUCAUUGUACACGAUUAAAAAAAAAAACUUUGUAUUUUAGUUUCUUUGGAAUCCCGCCACUGUUGAACUUUUCGCGAACUCUGCACCACCGAUAAUUUUAGUUUAGGUGAUCUUCCCCCCAUCAAUUGUGCCCUUGGUCCUGAAUAACAAGCUCUCUGAACGUUAGUCAGACCCAUCUCACUAUUUAAUAAUGAAAUUUAUUUUUUUAAUUUAAAACUGAAUAAAAGCUUAACUUUGAA